UUUGUUGAUGUGUCAUAUCGCAGUGACUUGUUGUGGCCGUCAGCUGGAGACGCGUCGCGCCUGAACUUCACCUUCGCUCCGAUCGUCGCCUCGCAUUCACCCGCAUCAUGGCUCUCCCUCCCCCGAUUUAACCUAAGGAGGGACCAUGGAUCAGCCUGGUCCUGCUUCAGAUGCUCACAUCAUGGAAGGAUUAGUGAACAAAUCUGUGUCUGAAGGAUCUCCCCCUGUGGAUCAGCUCAACAACGGCACAACCAACGUAGAAAAUGAGGAUCAAAUAAAUCACAAUGGUGCAGAUGAUUCAGAAAUGUACAGUCAGGCAGAAGACGAAGCACAGACUGAAAGGGAAUCAAUCAAGUGCACUACAUAUGUUGAGACUGACACAAAGACAGAGGCGGAAGCUCUACCAUGCAGUCAGGAACAAUUGGAGGGGAGUGAGACGUAUGCAGACACCGGCUGUCAUAGCAGUUCAGAUUCUAUGGAGGAAGGGAUAUCUUUAUUUUCAGAUGAGGCUGGUGGAGCAUUGGUUGCCCUCAACACCUCUUUAGACAAUGUGGUAGAAAACUCUCCCGCUGUUCUUGAAGGCACAACAGAAACCCUAUUGACUUUUGAUGAAGCUGACGUCCCUCCAGCCACAACUCAGAACUGCAAUGAGCAGCCAUCAGUCGUGGUUACAAACUGCUCCACUGAGCCAUCGCCUGCUGAUGCUGAUGAUGGUUCAGAUGAGAGUCCAUCACCCUCUUCUGUCCAAAGCACUUCCAAAAGCUCCCCUUCUGACUCAGCUACCACAUCUGGGAUCUCAAAUGGCCCCUCAACCCCCAGUUCAGACACUGUCAGCUCCUCACUUGCUUCCAGUCCGCAAACCAGUGCCAACACCUCAGCCCCCUCACAGCCCUCGUCGAGCCCGUAUGACACCGAUUGCAGCCGGAAGCUUAUUUCCCAAAUCCAGCGUUCGCUGUCACAGGAGUCACUGCUGGAUGAGCUGGAGUCUGAGCUUUUGGAUUGUCAGCUGACUGAGGGUGAAAGUGGAAGCAAGAGAAAGGGGAGCUCACCUGUCAAUGGGCUCCCCACAGACCAGGAGGACUGCAUGAUGGUCUUUGAGAAGUGUAUCCAGUACAAAUAUGCACAACAGGAGAAAGCUAUUAAGAGGCUGCUUGAGGACAACAAAAGACAUCAAGAGCUGAUCCUGGGUAUCUGUUCAGAGAAGGACAACAUGAAGGAAGACCUGAAAAAGAGGGCGGAGACAGAAAAGCAACACAUGGCCACCAUUAAAAAGUUGGAAGGCAGGGUGGAGGAGCUACUCAGAGAACUGAAGGAGUCACGGGAGAAACUCAUUCACCAGGACCAGGCUGCUAAGGCUGCCCUCCAGCAGAUGCAGAAGGAGAUGGCAUACCGACUAGAACAGACGAACAGGAAAUGCGAUGAGGCACGUCAAGAGAAGGAGACCAUGGUGAUGAAAUAUGUGCGGGGGGAGAAAGAGGCCCUGGACCUGAGACGGGAUAAGGAAAGUUUGGAGAAGAGGCUGAGGGAGGCCACCAAGGAGGUGGACCGCCAGGCGCUCCGGGGAAACCAGCUGGCUCAGGACAAAGGCCGGCUGCAGCAGCUGUAUGAUGCGAAGGAAGGGGAGGUCGGCAGGGUGACUCGAGAGGUGGAAAAGUUGAAGGAGGAGAUCAACUCCCAUCUUAUCAAGGUCAAAUGGGCCCAGAACAAAUUAAAGAGUGAGGCGGAUGUACACAAGGAAACGAAAGACAAACUAAGGGAGACCACGUCAAAGUUGGCCCAGGCCAAAGAGGAGACCGAACAGAUCCGCAAGAACUGCCAGGACAUGAUCCGAACCUACCAGGAAUCGGAGGAGCUGAAGUCCAACGAACUGGAUGCUAAACUGAGAGCGACCAAGGGAGAGCUGGAGAAACACAGGCAGGAACAAACAGACCAAUUAGAGGUACACAGAGUGAAGGCCAAAGAGCUGGAUGACCUGAAGAGGAGUUACAAAGAGGGCAUGGAUGAGCUCACAACUUUACGCACCAAGUUAAAGUGUUUAGAGGACGAACGUCCGCGCUGGGAGGACGAGCUUAGCAAGUACAGGGAGAUCAUCAACCGGCAGAAGGCGGAGCUCGGCCGCCAGAAAGAGAAGAUGGACGAGAUCGCUGCUCUCCAGGACCAGCAACAACGAGACAAACAGGAGAUCACGUGUCUGCGUGAAGAAGUGGAAAGCCUCACCAGCCAGAUGACUGACCUUCAGCGCGAUGUGCAAGGCAGCAGGGAGCGCGAGGCGGAGCUACUGGGCUUCACCGAGAAACUGAGCAGCAAGAACGCCCAGCUCCAGUCCGAGAGCAACGCACUGCAGUGUCAGCUGGACCAGCUCACCAGCAGCUUCACAGAGCUCCAAGCACAGCUGGAGGAGACCAGGAGGCUGCUCGAUGACAAGUCGCGGCAGCUGAAACAGGAGGAGUCGCUGCGGCAGCAGGAGGUGCAGGGCCUGCAGGAGGAGCGGACAGCGCUGCAGACGGAGGUGUCCCGGCUACAAACCAGAGUCGAUGAGCUCAGAGACGAGCUGGUGACACAGAAAAGGAAACAAGCUGCCAGCAUAAAGGACCUGACAAAACAGCUAACUCAAGCCCGUAAGAGGAUGGAGCAGGUGGAGAACGGACGCUGCGACAGGGAUGCCGGCAGUAUGGGCAGUCGCUCUAGUUCCUCAGGUACUGCUCCUGGAUUUGGCUCUUUGAACGCACGUCACGGUGGCGUCGAAGAGCGGUCGCCAGAGAGCCAGUCGGGUCCUUCAGUUGUGGUCGUGGACAGCUUCCCAGAGGUGGACAAGGCCGUGCUUGUGGAGCGCAUUGUCCGUCUGCAGAAAUCACUGGCUCGCAAGCAGGAAAAAAUUGAGUUCAUGGAAGAUCACAUCAAGCAGCUGGUGGAAGAGAUCCGCAAAAAGACCAAAAUUAUCCAGAGUUAUGUGCUAAGAGAGGAGACUGGGGCCCUGUCAUCGGAGGCCUCGGAUAUUAACAAGGCCAACCUGGGCCGGAGGGGGGGCAUCAUGGCUUCGCUUUACACCUCCCACCCUGCGGACAGCGGGCUGACCCUGGAUCUGUCGCUGGAGAUCAACAGAAAGCUGCAGGCGGUGUUGGAGGACACACUGCUGAAGAACAUUACUCUGAAGGAGAAUCUCCAGACACUUGGUGCCGAGAUCGAGAAGCUCAUAAAACAGCAGCGAGAUCAUGGCGACGGAGAAAGGAGGAAGUGACGCGACCACGUCCCGAGAAAAGAGAAAACAAACGACUAAUCUCCAACACAGCAUUUAUUUUGAAGGGACAGCAGCAUUUGAGUAUUUGAGACAUACACACUCUCAUUCCCUCAACGUAUGAAGGAGCAAAUUGAAUGUGGCGAAGUGCCAGUAGCACCCCCAGGUUGCUUUUCGGAGAACCUCUGUUUUUUUUGUUUGUUUUUUUGUUGUUGUUUUUUUGUUGUUUUUUUGUCCUGUCUUAUGGAACAUAUCUGAACUUACUUGAAUUCUUCCAUCUACAUGGCUCCUUCCCCCCAUUUCCUCCUCCAACACAACAAAUCUUCCUCUGGCGGCCGUCCCUCUCCCCUGAGCUGUGCCAAGACCAAACUAUUCGGGCCAGUUCCAGCUCUGACUGCCUUGAAAAAUGAAUCGACCCAAGAUGCCAUAAUCAUGAAUGUAAAACAAAUCUAGCUGGGAUUUAGUCGCACAACAUUAAACACAGAUUUGCCAGUGGAUCUAUCAUAAAACCAGAAUUUGUUCCCAGUUACAUUUCUCUCAUCACAGCUCUGUCCACACUAAGCAACCUAACAUGGAACGAUCAUCGGCCAGUAUGCGCUCUUUGCUUCUCUCCUGAUGUCCAUCUGCCAAUAAGCCAAAUGUAUUUAUGAGAGGCUGCUUCUCCAGCUUCACCACGCAGCUGCAGUGAAGUGGGAAACACAUCCCUCCCGGCUCCUGGGGACCUUGUAUGCCAUCGUUUCUCAUCAUGUUCUGCUCUGCACAGCACUUAUGACCGAAGCUGGCGAGGCAAGGUGCCUCACGUCAGCAGACUCGCUCGUGUGUGUGACCCCGGUGCUAGAUCCAAGGAAGCAGAUUGUAUCCUCGCAUUGUGCCGACUGUGUGGAGGAGUACUACUCUCAGGCAGGACUCGAGCGUAAACACCGCUCAGUCACUUCGAAUGGAGCGACUUGGGGCCUCGAUGAACUGCAUCGAGGAUCAAUCGAAGUAGAAGUUAACAAGAGUUUAUUGUUUUUCAUCAGUCAGCCAAUCAAAGCGUUUUAAACCCAUAGACUGUAAAUAAAGAUGGACUACGUGUCUGCCCCUUCCUCUACUCAGACAUGAACCAAUUCAAACUUGAACAUACAUUUGUGUCAUAAGAACUCAGCUAAGUUGACAGAAAAACGUAUUUGACUUUGAGUUUUCAGUUUGGUCCACUUUCCGUCCACUAACACGGAGGAGGAAUGAAUCUUGCUAUAGUGGAUUUUUUGGCGGUGUCAUGUCGUCAGUCUUUAUAUACAGACUUUGGUCCCCAGCAUGAAACUGAUUGUUGGGAUGUUUGCGCGGAGCGUGUGAUUCCUGCAUUUAAAUUGUGUAAAAUUUGAAGAUUAUGCGACAAAUGUAAAAUCAUGCCACGGUUGAAGUCUGGUCAUUUUUAAUGUGAUUUCUUUUUUCUAAUUUAUUUCCAGUCCCAUGAAAGUUUAUUUCCAGAUGUCUGAUCGGUUUUCAGUUUUGCUUUUUUUUUAAUCAUCAACUCAAAUAACUUAUUUAUAGAAUUUCUGGAGGAAUAUCUAAAACAUUUUCACUUUUCUCUCACUUUAAUCUGUUCUGAUAAAAUGUUCCUGUCGCAGGCGUCAUUAGUGUCAACUCAUAUUUUUUUCUGCAGCAUGUGCAGAAUAUGAUCUUGUCGGGGGGGAAUGUUAUAUUCCUUUCCGUUGCCUCUUUUUAUUUUUCUUUCUCGUGUCACUGAGUGCGUUGUAGUAAAUCAAGUGGAGAAGAAACGGGGGUGUGGGGGGGGUGAGAACCCGGGAACUGAAGCUGUAGCUCAGGAACGUUUUUGGAACCUAUAGAAAUAUAACCAGGGACAAAGUGCAAUGCUGUUCCGUCCAUGCAUUCCUCUUUUUUUUGUUCUGAAUGUGUUGGUUUGGCAGUUCACUGUUUGUGUGUCUGUUGCUCGUGUAUUGGCAGCAUGCGACUGUGCUGGUGUUUGAAUGUUAAAGUGUCCCAACUGUCUGUCUGUGUGUGUUUGUGUGUGUGUGUGUGUUCACACCUAAUGUACAUGUCUCAGCUCUCCGGCCUUGUGGGCUUGCACCACACCGUCCGUCCACAGGGAGAAACACGCCCCCCUCAUUUUGCAUCUGGGCCACAGGAACGCUCCCCUGCAGCUCGGCAGCUCCACAUAAAACCAUUCUUCUGUUUCACAUUCACAGCCGUGAAGUUUCUCGCGCAGACGCAGAGCAGAAAAGCUGCGGGGCACCUUGCACCUUGUACCAUCCCACGAUGCUAAAGUUUCCCUGGUUCUUGAUUUGAUCUGGUCGCUGGACGCUGUCACAAAUGAUGAGCCUCCUUCUCUCUUUCACCUCGAUCAGAACGGGGGCUUUUAUAGGCCGUGAAUGCUUACAGUCCGAUCCCAGCCCUCACGCCCCGAGGCUAAUUUGAAAUGGCCCAGUAUGCGAAUAGAGAUGAAAGUUUCCAGGAUUGAGGUCACGGAGUCCUUAAAAACCUCCCCGGUGCCGCAGUGUGCGCUCGGGGUUUGAUGUGCAUCUGCUUUUAUUUCAUCCAGACGGAUUGUUCCCGGUAUGUAAACGUACAGACGGCAAAACCCUGAGAUAACAUCUUGAUUCUCCCCCUGAUAUUGACGCUCUGCAACCUUUGGCACUGAGAGAGAAAAAACAAAUCUGACUUACAGUGUCAGAGUCUCUUGUGACUUUAUCACAUCAGGUUGCUUUCUCUAUUGUGUCGCUUGAUUACUAUGAAAACAAACUCAUGUGGAUGUGAAUGUGCAUCUGUAGCAGUGCGACUGAGCUACUUGCUACAGGGGAGGUGGAGAUUUUGUUUCUGUUUCUGGUGCAGAACCUAUGCAAAACACCCGCAUGGGAUUUCUUAAUUCUUUCCUCCUAAUUCUCUGAGGUACGCUAAUGCGCUUCUCCUGCUUUAGUCUCAGUGUGACACCUGUGUUUCCCACAGCCUCGAAAACAAAGCUGCGUGCCGCAGCAUUGUACAGACGAAUGAAUAUAAACUCAACUAUGUGGAAAUGAAGAGUGUGAGAGUUGAAUGAGAAGUUUGUCCUUUUUCUUUUUUUCUGUUUUCUAACUCCUGUGCAAUGAUUUCCUUCCUUUGCUCUUUUGUCUUUUGUGGAAUAUUCAAACUGUGAUUAUAUACAUUUGUAGAUAUGUCAUCCUGUAAAAUUAUCAUGAGAUCUUUUUAAAAAAACACUGAUUCUGGAUUAUGUUUGUAUAUAUCUUUGGUGUUUCCAGGGAAUAAAAGGAGAGAACUUGAAUGUUCA